AUGGCGGAAACGGAGGUGGCCGGCGCCGCCGGCGGCGAUCAGGGGCCGGCCCCGUGUGAGGAGGGUGCGGAGCUAGCCGCCGUUAUCGGCGCCACCGUCCCCACUGGGUUCGAGCUGACGGCGGCCGAAGAGGUGCAGGAGAAGCUGGGCUCAGCCUCCAGGAUCAGCAGGGACCGGGGCAAGAUCUACUUCGAGGUCCCGGCCGGGAGCCUGCCGCAGGUGCGUCGCCUGAGGUCAGUGGAUAAUUUAUUUGUUGUUGUUCAGGAGUUCAAAGACUAUCAAUUUAAAGCAAGCAAGGAGGAUGCCCUAAAGGAUUUGGAAGAUUUGGUUAAAAAACUGCCUUGGGCCAAUCCCUUGAAGGUUUGGGAGCUGAACAACAGCUUGAAAAAGAAAAAGAGCAAGCGCAAAAAGCUGAGUGUGCAGCGUGCUGCCAGCAGAGAGAAGCUGCAGGAUGGGGGGGAGGAGGAAGGCUCAGAGCCAAAAGGUAUGAGCAGAGAGGAGGACUCUGCCCAGAACUCUGCCAGUGUGGAACCCCCCCAUGACCAGGACACAGGGGAGCCACAAGCAGUGGAGGCCCAGAAUGGGGAAGAGGAGCAGGAGGAGGAUCCUGAGCAGUCAGACCCCAAGGAUGAGCUGCAGGAGGGCUCUGGGAGUGAGGCCAAGGCUGGUGAGGGGCAGCCAAGCCAGGCAGGCACAAAGGUGCUGAAAUUCCGAGUGACCUGCAACAGGGCUGGGGACAAGCACAGCUUCACCUCCAACGAGGCUGCCAGGGACUUCGGGGGAGCUGUGCAGGAGCACUUCCAGUGGAAGGCUGACAUGACUGACUUUGACGUAGAGGUUCUUCUGAACAUCCACAACAGUGAAGUAGUUGUGGGUAUUGCACUGACUGAGGAGAGCCUGCACAGAAGGAACAUCACCCACUUUGGCCCUACCACCCUCCGCUCCACACUGGCCUACGGCAUGCUGAGGCUCUGUGAUCCACAGCCAACAGACAUCAUCGUGGAUCCCAUGUGUGGCACUGGUGCAAUCCCCAUAGAGGGAGCCACAGAGUGGCCAAGCUGCUACCAUAUUGCUGGAGACAACAACCCACAGGCUGUGAAGAGAGCAGCAAACAACAUCUGCUCUUUGCUAAAGAAACAGGAGAGUAAGGAAAGCAGCACUGCUCCAGGCAUAGCUUUGGACAUCAUCCAGUGGGACAUCUGCAACCUGCCCCUGCGGACUGGCUGUGUGGACAUCAUCGUCUCGGACAUGCCCUUCGGAAAGAGGAUAGGGUCAAAGAAGAAGAACUGGGAUCUGUACCCAGCCUGCCUGCUGGAGAUGGGCCGGAUCUGCACACCAGGGACUGGCAGGGCUGUGCUCCUGACCCAGGACAAGAAGUGCUUUGCCAAGGCCUUGUCGCGGCUGGGCCACAUCUGGCGCAAGGGGCAGACGGUGUGGGUGAAUGUCGGGGGGCUGCACGCCGCUGUCUAUCUGCUGAGGCGCACCUGGGAGCGUGCCGAGGAGAGGAGAUCCUUCUGGUGACCUGCCUGGGGCAGCAGGGACAGCCCCAGAGUCUGCUGAGCACCCAGGAGCUUUGCUCGCUCAGUUCCUGAGCAAAGAAACCAAACCAUCUGUC